UUGAUGAAGCCUUGUCGUUGUGGUAUUCUUAAAGCCAACCUCGCAAUUCUCCGUAACAAAGCUUAGAUCCUAGCUCCUUGUUUCGCUGGUGGCUUUGGACCUUUGACACAGCCCAUCAGGGGUUCUCCACUCAAGCUCCAUGGGUUCUCCAAAUAACGUAUUUCGAGGUCCUAACUCGGUGGCCGACUUCUUCGACCCUGAGAAGAAUCCACCUGUGCCACUUGUUGAGAUACCGGACCGUUUGAACCCCCAUAGAAAGGAUGCUGUCAGGAUAUACGCCAAGCUGCUCACUCAUCUGCCCGCUCAAAAUGUCAAGUCAUUGCCAGCACUGAAGAUGCUCAGAGGAAUUCCGGAGGUGGAGAGACAGACAAUCGUUGAAGCAAGUUCGGGCUCGACGGUUCUCUCUCUGGGUAUCCUCGCACGGGUGCUCUGGGGAAACGAACAUGUCAACGCAUACGUGACGAACAAGAAGCACCCCGAGUCUCUCAACAUGCUUCGCUUCUUUGGUAUUACACCACAUCUCUACGGGGGACUAGCACAGCAAGAACCCACCGAUCCAACGGGCAUCAUGUGCAGGUUGAGGCGUCUGGCAAAAAAAAGAGAGGACAUUGUCUACCCGGGGCAGUACGACAACGAGAAUAACUGGAAAGCCCACGAGCAAUGGACAGGGCCACAAAUCCUGAGGCAACUACCCGAGAUCAACCUGUUUUGCACCACAGUAGGAACUGGGGGCUGCAUCACCGGGACUUCCUCCUACCUCAAGUCACAAAAGCCAUCAGUCCGGACACUGGGCGUCUUCAACGUGUUUGGCGACCCCACCCCCGGCCCCAGGCACUUUGAGAACUUCAACUCGUGCGGCUUCCCGUGGGCGCAAACAGUCGACACCUUCGUCGAUGUGGCAUCGGUCGACUCAUACCGCAUGUCGAUGCGACUCUCACGAGAAGGCCUCAUCGCCGGUCCAUCUUCGGGCCAGGCUCUCAAGGGUCUUCUGGACUAUGUUGGCCAGCUCAAGGAAACCGGCGAGCUGCAACAGCUCGCCGAUCCCGCCACGGGAGAGGUGUCUUGCGUAUUCACCUGCAGCGACCUGCCGUACCAGUAUCUCCCACUGUAUUUUCAGAAGCUGCGGCCCGAGGAGUUUCCCUCCAUUCAAAAUGAGAUUCUCCUCCAAUGCGAUCAGCUCAAGCACGAUGAGCGCUGGAUCCUCACCCCCUUAGCAGCUGAACAUCUGCUUCGCCCGAAACCGACCUUCUUCUCCACCUCUUACAAGAAUGCAGCGGAGGUUUCGGAAAUCACCCUCGACGGGCUGGUUGCUGAGUCGAAACAGGCAUUCACACCACGCCGGCCUACUCCGAAGUCGUCACUAUUUCGGUCUUGCUUUGGCAGUCCCUUCAAGUUGAAGUCUGCCAACUCGAGAACCAUCGUCUCCCACCAACCUCGGUGUUGCGCAAUCCACGCACCAAGCCCUCCAUCGGCACCCUUGGUUCUGGACCUGCGCAGCAAGGUCGCGUUCAGGGCCAAGCACGUUCCGGGGUCGUUAAGCGUACCUUUGGAAGGGCUGACGCCAGACCUUGCGGAUGGAGACUUGUUUGGAGAUCCCGAGGCCGUGUUCAACGUGUGGAAUUCGAUUCAGGUGCACUUCUCUGCAAAGGAGAUGGUAGAACUCCUAAAGGAUGCUGGUAGGGGCCGGCGUGCCGUCGUGGUGGUUUGCUAUGAUGGUGAUGCCUCCAGGCUCGCGACCGCCACGUUUAGGGAUCGAGGGAUUGAGGCGUUCAGUGUGCAAGGGGGGUUUGCUGGGCUCCAAAGAUGGCUUUAAGGAAGGAGGUGCAGUUUCGAAAACAAAAUGAACUGGCGAUCCCCGAGGUCCAGACUCUAGAGGUGCCUCUGGUUUUCCCCAUUCAGUUGGCGCCAAGGUUACUCCAGCCGGCUUCACGCUUGAGAGGGAUCACC